CGCCACUGCGACGCGCUCCGCUGCUGGCCGACCGGGAUCGCAGGAAAAGUCUGCACUUGGGUCGCGCCCGGUCUCCACACCACACCACCACCACCCGGCGCAUAAUUUUAGAAACCCGUCACGGAUGAGCUGGCGGGGCGGUGACAGCAGUUGCGAACAUGGCGCUCGCUCCUGCGAACCAGGACAAGAAGCGCGUGAAGGUGUACGAGCUGAAGAAUAAUGACUGGUAUGAUCGCGGUACUGGGUUUUGCGUGGGCAGCGUCUUCAGCGCACCCGACGCGCCGCCUGAACAGCUUGAUGCGGGCAUAGUAGUCACCAGCGAGGACGAGCCCAUACGCACAUUGCUCGAGACGCGCAUAGCCAAGGACGAUGGCUACCAGAAACAGCAGGAGACGCUGAUCGUGUGGACCGAGAGCAAUGGCGUGGAUAUGGCCCUGAGUUUCCAGGAGGCCGAAGGUUGCGCGACAAUAUGGGAAUUCGUGAGUGACAUCCAAUCGCGUCUUGUGCCCGAGGACGGCAUUUCAGAUGAUCUACUGGAUCCCGUGCAUCCAAUAACACUUCCCGAUCCGGUUUUGGGAAGAUUGGAGGAAGUGGUGGAUGCGAUACGGACCGCUUCGGCAACGCCAGCUGGUCGGGAUGCGCUGUCCAAAUUCAUCAUGAGCCCGGAACAGAUGUACAUUUUGAAGCUUGCGCCGCUGGUCGAGCAGGCCGAAGAGCAAGAACUGACGCAGGAGCUCCACCGAUUAUGCACCAUCCUGAAGCACAUCAUAUUACUCAACGACACCUCCAUAAUUGAGUUCAUCGUGACCGACCAAGCAAUUAUGGGUGUCGUUGGCGCGCUUGAAUAUGACCCUGAUUUCCCUUCACAUCGUGCCAACCAUCGCCAAUACCUUUCCGACACCUCUAAAUUCAAGGAAGUCGUCAAGAUUGAUCACAUCGAGAUCAAGAAGAAGAUCCACUGCACGUACCGUCUUCUCUACUUGAAAGACGUGGUUCUGGCGCGCAUUCUCGACGAUCCUACGUUUUCCGUGCUGAACUCUCUUAUAUUUUUCCACCAGGUUGACAUUGUCAAUCAUCUCCAGUCCAACCAGAACUUUCUCAAAGAGCUUUUCAGCAUCUUCACGAAUAGUGAGGCAGACGAUAAGCGGAAAAAGGACGCCGUCUUAUUCAUUCAGAACUGCUGUGCAGUGGCGAAGAACAUCCAAGCAGCGUCAAGGAACCAGCUCUAUCAAAAUUUCAUUCACCACGGUCUGUUUAAUGUGAUCACUUUCGCACUGCGCCAUCACGACGCAUCUGUGCGCGUGGCGGGUACGGAUGUGUUGGUAUCGUUGAUCGACCACGACGCGCAUCUGGUCAGGAACCACAUCAUCAAGGCCGUCAACGAGAAGACCACCCCUCUUACAGACACCAUAAUUGAGCUACUCCUUGUCGAAGUCGACUUGGGCGUCAAGAGUCAAAUGGCCGACGCGAUUAAGAUUCUCCUCGAACCAGCCUCUGUGAACGCCGGUAUGGAGAUUAUGAAUCGCCAGGGCAAUGCUGAGAUGCUCGCUAAGCGCGGCAUUGGUGGAGAUGCAGGUCAUCCAGGACAUAGAGGAUUCCCGCCGCACACCAGCCAGUUCAUUCAAAAUUUCUAUGAAGACGGCGCGAGGCGCCUUUUCCAGCCUUUGAAGGAUCUAGAAGGUCGACAAAGCAUGACCGGUCUGAGUGUGCAAGAGACGAGCUUAUACACGCACCUGGUCGAAGUUCUCAGCUUCUUCGUGCGACAACACGCCUACCAAAGCAAGCUCUUCAUUCUCUCCGAAAAUCUCCAUUCCAGGGUCGCACAGCUCCUAAUGUGUCCGCAAAAGUAUAUGAAGCUUAUUGCGCUCAAAUGGUUCCGGACAUGCAUUGCUCUGCAGGACGAAUUCCACAACAGACAGCUCAUACAGCAUCGGCUGUUUGAGCCAAUCCUCAACAUUGUGUACGAGACGAUGCCUCGCGACAAUUUGCUCAACAGCGCCUGUCUGGAGCUUUUCGAAUACAUCAAGCGGGAGAACAUCAAACAGCUCAUAUAUCAUCUGGCUGAGACGUAUCGGGAACGGCUAAUGGGGAUCACGUACGUCAAUACAUUUCAGGGCAUCGUGCAGAAGUACGAUCAGUAUCAGAGUCCAUACCAGCCGAUCAAUGGCGAGGGCGAUACUAGUUUUACAACUGAGCCAGACACGCCGGAUGCGUUCAGAGGCCGGGUGCUGAAUGGACGGCAAGUGUUCAGUGGCUUGAAAGAGCCAGACCCAGAUGAGGAUGCAUACUUCAACACUGAUGAUGAUCUCGAUGCCGACCUUGGUGAUGACGAUGAAGGACUACCAACCACAGCGACUCCGGGCCGACUGGGCUUGCCUAACGGACAUGCCAGCCCAUUGAAGCCAUUAGUCAACUACCCCGAUGAUGACGAUGACGACGACAUGGAUAUUCUUGCCUCUAGCCCUGACCUCUCGAAGGAAAAGAGGAGCAGUGCCUCUUCUGACCCAGAUACUUCCACUGACUCGCCUGGCGAAAGGAGAGGGCGAAGUAGAGAGCGCACGGCUGUGGAUGGUUCACCGCCUGAACCUAUUACUGUGAAGCGAAGAAGAGAGGAAGAUGAGGACGAUGAUGAGCUUGGAAAGCUGAUGGGCGGUGGGGUGAAGCGGCGCAACAGCUCGGCUUCCUCUAAUCACCGUAAGACUGGUCUGCUCGCAAGUCAAUUGGAUGGGACGACAUUAGGACUGCCGAUGGAGAGUCUGCCUAAUCCAGGUGAUCUGGAUGAACAAAAGAUGGACACCAACGUCGAAGCCAACACCAACAUGCCACAAGCUCCAUCAGUUGGAGCUCCAGAUCAUGGUAACACUCUUAGGCGGAAAGGUAGCCUCAAGGUCAAGAACGAGGGUGCGACCAAUCCUGGACGAUACGCCAUCAAGCCCGUAGAGAGUUCAGGCGAUCGGGAGAACACUGGUGGCGAAGAAGAAAAGAAGAGCAAUGGGGGCGGGGGCGGAUAGAAGGCGUCUAUUGCUCUUCCCCGAACCUCAACCAUCCAGUAUCCAUUGAUAUUGAAGCCUUUUGGGUUUCAACUUCAGCGCAACCAUCGCUAUCAAACUCUCUACAAACAGCGAGGCUUUGUAUCAAGCACUUACGCGCGGCGUCCAGUGCGCAACCUGGCGAGCCUGCUUUGGGCCGGUAACGACGAUCUCCGCAACGAAGGUGUAGCUGCGAUGAAGCUGAAGGUCAGCCGCGCACAUUUGUCUGAAGAAGACGAAGAAUCUCUUGACGCCACAGAGGUCGACUCCGUGAUCUCAGGUUUCAGCUACAGCAAGUACGACGAUGAAGAUUACCACGAGCGCUGGAAAGACCUCAUCCAAUUCUCAGGCACGAACUCUGCCUGUUCUGAGAUGAGGCUGCCACUGGCCAAAGUCGGACAGCUCAUGCAUGACUUUGAAAUCGCACGUCUGAGCCCUUGUGGUACCUGGUGCAAGCACCGCAUGUCUGGCGGCCUUUUCAGGACGAGGAGAUGGAAUGCUUUAUAGAUGAGAUGAGACUGCUGUAGAUGAGUAUCUGGCUAGCGACUCCUCACCUGAAAAUUUUAGCGUUCAUGCCUUCUUUUUGCUUUUUUGAGCGAGCGUAGAGGCAGGCAGGCAGGCAGGCAUUAACGUAACGAAGUAGCAUUAUUGUAUGAAGUGUAUUAUAGCUCAUAAAAGGAAUGAAUGGAGAGCGUGUGUGUGACGUGCAACGCUUGAGAUGAG